AUUAAAAAAAAAACACAAUACAAAAGUAAUGAAAUAAUAUAAAACGGAAAAUAUGCCAUCAAUGUGAAAAUAUGAAAGAAAAUUCUUCCAAUAAGAAGAUAAAUGGGAUUUUUCAUGGAUCUGAUCUAAGUGUGAUCAGAAAUCAGAUGAUUUACUAUCGAUGUAAAUUGAUGUAAACAAAAACAAAGUGUUAAAUUUUGCUUUAGUUGGGUUCAACAUAAUUGUCGACAACGAAGAUACAUAAACGAAUGAUUCAUCGUCGUCAAUAAUUAUUAAAUACAAGCAGAUAACAUACGUACAUACAUUCAUACAUAAGUACACUUCAUAUCUUCAAACGGCUGAAAUAAAGUGUAACAGUUCAACCAACCAGGUGUUGUUAAUAUCUAAAAUUCCUCGAACGUUGUCGCUGCUUUUUGCACCGGUAGCUGAUAAAUAACACAGUUUACAAAAACAACAGUAGCACAGCAGUAUUCAUAUGAUUUAAUAUUUAAGGUCACUUUUGACUUUUUUUCAAUAUGGAUUUGGUGGAUAUUGAUCAAGUUUUAGACAACUUGGAGUUACAUGAAGAGGCUGCGAACGAACGUCAAAAGGUUGAAGAACAAUUGGUAAAAGAUUUAGCUCGAACCUCUACUAAUGGUGUGGUGGCGUUACCCAGUAUUUCGACCUUGAACAAAAGUAACUUAAUCGUGGAUAAAGAAAAAAUUUUAACAAAUUUGUCUGCCAUAACUGCGCAAACACGUAAAGCAUUGGAAGAGAGAGAUGAAUCUGAUAGCACUGGUUUUCAGCCAUCCAGGUCCCGGCAGCUUUUAGCUACGUGCAAGCAAGAAUUGGCUGAGUAUGAAAAUGAAGUAGAACAAAGUCACGAUAUACAAAAGUUUACAGAGAAAGUAAAAAAGAAAACAAGUGACAGUCAAAAUUUAAUUGACAAUAAUUCGUCUAAUAGUUCAGAAUCUUUAACCACUUCCUCACCAUCAACAUUUUCUUCGGGACCUUCGCUGGGAGAAGAUACCACCCCCGAAGAUUUACAGCCUAAAGAAAAUGAUUUUCCUCAAAGCGUAAGCAGAAAGCUAAUAAAUAAACCGGAAAUAACUACUCAAAGUGAAACACUAGAAGAUUUGGCACAAGGUUUAUCUUCUAUAUCCAUUAACACAAGCGCCAAUCUUCAAACUCAGUCAAUUUUACCCCUAGAAACCUCAGUUUCUUCCUCAUCAUUAGGUAGGGUUUUGGAAAAUCUAAGUGAGACAAGUGUCUCGAAUUCUGUUCUCAGUCAGAUACGUGACGAUUUGGAAAUAUCGAAAAAGCCAGAUCGAUUAGAAGAAAAAGACAAAGCACGGAGUAAAAGUGCAGAGAAUUCUGUAGAAAAAAUGCCUAAUAAGCCCUUGCCUUAUAGUGCUGUAACCUUCAAAGAUCCACAGACGUCUCAUUUGCAACCUGUAACAUUUUGUUCGACAAUGGAUGACAUUUCUGAUACUGAGUUAGACAGUAUGCUACAGGAAAUGGAUAUUGACGAUGAUAUGGAUAAUGGUUUAACGAAAUCUGUAACGAUCAAUGUUAAAGAACAAAGAGGACAAUUUCUGGGAGCAACGUCAGUUGGUCAGUCGUGCAACGAAGAAGCAUUUUCGGAGAGUAGUACGAGUGACCAUCCGAAUGGCGAUAGUUUCUCACAAGCCUCUACUGUUGAAUUCUCGGAGAUACGUGCCCCCGCUCGUAGCCUCGAAACUAAUUCUGUAGCUUCCUCUUACACUACUACCAGUAGUAGCGGCAGCAACAGCGAAUCUUCCUCUUUAGACGGUGAUAUUAUACACACUAAAACGCCUCCGGAAACUAAUGGUGAUAUCAACGCGGAAGAAAUAGAAGAACACAAUAGAGUAAAAGAGGAAGAAGGCGAUGACAAUGAGUCCUGUAGACCUCAACGUCCUACCACUCUCGACAUACCAGCUUUACAAUCUUUGGAUUUAUAUUCUAACGCGGGGCAAACACCACCCGGUAAUGAUAAACAAGUUAAUGAGUUGGACCAAAGUCCUCAGAGUCCUACACCGGAAGAGCAAAUCCAAACGACUGCAUUAGCUCAAAAUCUUUUAAAGAAUGAUAUAGCAGAAGCGACUGGCUACAGUGAAGAUCCUCACGCUAAUGUCGGGAAAAUUCCACCUAUUUGGGUGCCCGAUAAUAUGGCCACCGGUUGCAUGAACUGUGCAGCCAAAUUUACAAUGAUUAAGCGUCGUCAUCAUUGCCGGGCUUGUGGUAAAGUUUUAUGCUCUGUGUGCUGUUCACAAAAAUAUAAAUUAGAAUUCCUGGUAGAACCGGAAUCGAGAGUUUGUGUUCAAUGUUACUUGAUUUUAAUGCAGCGACACGAUGAUUCUGCCCCUCGGCCAGAAGAUGAAGCAGAGAAUUUGCAUACUAAAGCGUCGUCUAAUACGCCGUUAGCUAAUACGACAACUUGCUCUUCCCCGCCCUUAACCCGUUCACCAAACCCUAAUAAUCCAAUGGAAUAUUGUUCUACUAUACCGCCUCAUAAGCAAGUCAGUGGGGAGCCCAAGGAUCCGCCUAGUGUUAUAGUGCCUGUCGGUGUGUUGAAAAAGGACAAUGCUGGAAGCCAUUCCUCGAACUCCUCUAACUCCAGUGGCCAAAAAGCUCGAAAACGUAAAUCGGUGAUGUUCAGCGACGGGAUAGCACCUGGCAGUGAUUUAGCCAUCAUCGAUCAGUGGAAUGAGCCUAAACAACCGAGACGUCAAAGUGAACGUACUCAUCAACGGCAGUCAAAUAGCAAUAAUAUUAAACCGCCAACUCCUGGAGGACGUACCGAACAAAUAACGGACGCAUCCGCAUUAGGUUUAAUGGCCCAACUAUUUCGUGGCUCCAUACCGCCAGUCAUAGCGGCCAACACUGUCAGCGCAGCGCAACAAUCGAUAGGAACUAAAGUUAACAAGGCUAUAGCGGAAGCCACACCUACACUGGCAAACACAUCUAGUGGCAAAUCCAACGAUGCAAAUCGAUCCAAACCACGUUUGCCACCUUCCGGUUGCGACGAGCUUGGCUGCUUCAUACCUGCUGAGAAUGAUUAUAGUUUGCCUCCUAUUGUUUUGUUUAGGGAUGAAAGCGGUUGUGAUUUCGAUUACAAAGACGUUGUUAACAAUUAUGAAUUGUUGCUACGUUUGCAAAAAGAAACUUUAAAAUUUGCUUUGCAAAAAAAUUUCUUUGUCUACGUCAAGAUUGUGAAUUUGAAAUGUUGCUUAAAUCGCACGGUUAUCAAUUUCACAACAGAAGGUAUGCAUCAUGUGGGUAAUGAUGAAAUUAUAAUAUUAUUGGAAUGUGAUAUACCCACAAGUAAAGAGGAGUUGCAUAAUCCUCUAAUACCUAAAGAUGUUUUUGUCCAUCUUAAUGAAAUUUACAAUAGCGCCGAUAAAGGUAAUCGAAUCGCAGAACUUUCACAUACGAGUCCUGCAGGUAACACAUUUCUCGGUUCCCGAAACUACGGAGGUUUCAUAUAUAUACGACCGACUUUCCAAUGUAUGCAAGAUGUGAUAGUACCCCAGAAUCCCUAUUUAAUAGGUAUAUUGAUACACCGGCAUGAAGUGCCUUGGGCCAAAGUGUUUCCGCUACGUUUGAUGUUAAGGCUCGGAGCUCAAUAUCGUUAUUAUCCCUGUCCCCAUAUUAGCAUGUGUAAUCGAGAGUCCGUGUACGCUGAAAUAGCGCAAACAAUAAUCAAUUUUUUGGCGGAUUUUCGCAAUUAUUCUUAUACACUGCCGUUUAUUCACGGCAUGUACAUACACAUGGAAGAUCGUCAAACUACAGUAGUGAUACCUCGUAACCGUUUAGAGGACGUUGUCAAGGCUAUAAAUAACUCAAGUGAUCAUAUUCUGGCUUUCGGUGGAAAUUUCUCUAAAACAGCUGACGGUCAUUUGGUGUGUAUGCAAAACCUUCACGACGACCAUUCUGAAAUGUAUGCUUAUUCUACACAAGCAAUAAAUAUCCAAGGACAACCUAGAAAAGUGACCGGGGCAAGUUUUUUUGUUUUAAAUGAAUCUUUGAAAACAUCCAGCGGUCUUUCCGGAAAGUGUAGCAUAGUUGAGGAUGGCCUAAUGGUUCAAAUCUUACCCGCGAAAAUGGAAGAGAUACGUAACGCUUUAAAAAAUCAGAACGAUGUGACCAUUGUAUGUGGUCCAGUAAACGCUGAUGAGCAACAAACCGAAAUAGUUUGUCUUAAAUGGGUGGACAAUGAUAAAGAAAUUAAUAUAGGUGUCAAAUCACCCAUUGACGAGCGUUUAAUGGAUGGCAUUUCCAGUAUGCGCGUACACGCUAGUUUCAAUUAUUCUAAUACAAACUAUGCGAUACGUUUAACUGAUAUUUAUGUGCUUAAGUACGAUGAGUGGUAUGCCAGCACCUCAACAUUAACGCCCAUAGAAAUAACACUUCUGACAGAACAAAUCGCGCGUAGUACUUCGAUAGCCCUAGUACCGUUUCUCGAUUUGUUGACAGCCAGUAAACAUACGAAAAUCGGUCUACGCUUUACUCUGCAUCAAGACAGCGUGUGCUACGAAGCUGGAGCUGGCGGCUCUAAGUUACCACCUCUGUACAUGAAUGCAUUGGAUAAUCAUUUAAUUCCUACAUUGCAUAGCAUUUCGGCAAAUAUUGAAGAUGCUAUUAUCUUAGAGUUAAUCUUUUACAUUUUAAAUGUUUAGUAAAUGAAUGUUUUCAUGGAUGGAUGUAUGUGUGUGCCUAUGUCUGGGUGUGUAUGGGUGCUUGUGUAAAAAUGAACGAAAGCAAAGUGAAAUGAAAACAAUAGAUAUACCAAACGUUCUUCUUUUUGAGAAAUUUUCAGUUUCAACGGCUGCUUGCGAUUUAUGGAAUUAUUUUAAUACUUUUAAGUUGUUUUUUUAAAAAUUGUCUUUUACCUAAAAUUUAUUGUUAACAUUUUGAAGACCCUCACAUGAAAUGUGCAUAAACCAUUUGAAUUUUUAAUAAAUAUACCCUGCUAUCCUCCCCCAUCCUUCCCUCCAUCCCUCCGCAAAAAAAAUGUAUAAAAAUUGCCUCUCCUUAAAUCGCCCUAAAUUAA